AUGAAAUUCGCAGUUGCUGGUUUGUUGGCUCUCUUCGCAGUUUGCGCUCAAAGUUCCGCUGUCUACCCAUAUGGUGCUUGGCAAUACUCAGCUUAUGCUGCUGCUCCAUACGCUGCUCCAUGGGCACAUGCACCAAUCACCCAAUACUCUUCAUACCCAGCCUACUCUCAUGCCUACGCUCAUGCUGCCCCAAUCUCAUACGCAGCCCAUGUUGCCGCUCCAGUAGCUAAAAUCAUCGCAGGUAUGCGACGAGGUAGGGCACAUGCACCAAUCACCCAAUACUCUUCAUCCCCAGCCUACUCUCAUGCCUACGCUCAUGCUGCCCCAAUCUCAUACGCAGCCCAUUUUGCCGCUCCAGUAGCUAAAAUCAUCGCUCCAUACGCUGCUCCAUAUGCUGCCCCAUAUGCCCACCCAGUCGCUAAAAUCAGCGCUUCAUACACAGCCGCCAACCGUGGAUCAGUCCAUACUGCUCCAUUACCAGGACAUGCAGUUUCACAAACUAGCCUUAACUUGGCCCCAGCACCAGGAACAUGGUAA